GCUGUGAAUGCUCCCUUGUGUCACACUGUACAGGGCGGCUCUUGUGUAAGGCUGAUAUCGGAGACCUGCUGCACCGCGGAGCUGAUAAUCUGCAGAGCUGCUCCUCUGUACAGUAUCCUUCUUUAUGUUACACCAUCAGCUGUUAUUCUUGGCUCAUGGUUAUUGGGGGUGACACAGAUGGAUGCGAUGGCUCCAAUGAUUGUCUUCAUAGGAGUGCCUGUAAGUGGCGACUUAUCUGCUGACUAAUGCGAAAGGGAAAGACAUGGGAGCCAUAAGACUGUCCUGACGCAGGGGAAAAAUAAUUCUGCCAUUCCAUUGGAUCAUCAGAGUGUAUAUUGCAGGAUGAACGGCCAUUUAUCCAAUUAUUAUCGAGGAGGCUUUGGAAGUAAUUCUGCAGACUUCAGUAAUUCCGAUGUUACAUCAGUAAAGUCAGAGAAAAGAUCAAAUGCGAAGAGUCUUUAUGGAGGAGAUGGAAUUUAUUUUUUCCGAUCUUCAUCCAAACAAAAGAAGAAAGAGCAAAGAAAAAGCUAUGCCCGGGACACUGUCAGCAUCAUAUCAGAGACCAGCCAGUACCAUGUGGAGCACCUCACCACCUUCACCAUUGAUCGGAAGGACGCCAUGCUAACUGUGGAUGAUGGGAUCCGAAAGUUAAAGUUACUUGAUGCCAAAGGGAAAGUGUGGACCCAAGAUAUGCAUCUGCACGUUGAUGACAAAGGUGUUAGUUUGUCCGAUAUAGAAUCAAAGACUGAAUUAGAGAACUUUCCUACAAGCACCAUUCAGCACUGUAAGGCUGUGAUGAAGGCCUGCAGAUAUGAUUCCAUUCUGGCCCUUAUUUGUAAAGAGCCAACACAGAGCAAAGCUGAUCUGCACCUCUUCCAGUGUGAUGAGGUAAAGGCUUCUUAUAUCCAGCAAGAUAUUGACAGUGCUCUGAAUGACAGCAGAGGAGGGAGACCAAGGACACGGCCAGACAUACUGAGGAACAUUGCAGCAAGCGACAGCAAGGUCCCUCCACCUCCCCAAGCGCCAGCUCCAAUGCCUCCUGGAUCGGUCACCCAGGUGGACGUCCGCAGUCGGGUGGCAGCCUGGUCUACCUGGGCAGCCGAGUAUGGAGACUAUGAUCCAAGAUCCAGUCCAGACCACAACGAGACACCACAGAUGAUUGAAGCAAGAAUUGACAGAGAUGUGCAAAUCCUAAAUCACAUCCUGGAUGACAUAGAAUUUUUCAUAAUGAAACUACAAAAGGCGGCUGAGGCUUUUUCCGAGCUGUCCAAAAAGAGAAAGUCAAAGAAGAAGAAGGGACCAGGAGAGGGUGUCCUAACGUUACGUGCCAAACCCCCUCCUGAGGAAGAAUUCACUGAUUGCUUACAAAAGUUCAAACAUGGCUUCAACCUCCUGGCAAAGCUUAAGUCCCAUAUACAGAAUCCCAGUGCUGCUGAGCUGGUUCACUUCCUCUUUACACCAUUAAGCAUGAUGGUGGAAGCAACAGGUGGCCCCGAACUUGCAAGAACCGUUCUUAGUCCCCUCCUAAUAAAGGACGCCAUUGAUUUUCUUAGUUUUAUCCUGAACGAUGAAGAGAAGAAGCUGUGGUGGUCACUUGGUGAAACUUGGAAUAAAUCCAGAAUGGAGUGGCCUAAAGAUCAGUUUAUUCCUCCAUACAUCCCACGUUUCAGGAACGGCUGGGAACCGCCAUUGUUGAGCUUUGUUGGGAUGCCUAAAGAGCUAGAACUGAACCAGCCGACAAACACUAUACCAAAUAUGACCGAUCUCCAACAGAAACGGGAAGCCAGAAGUUUACAGAAUGAGUUCUCCCGAGUGCCGGACUCGCCCAACACAGACAGAAAUCAGGAGGCAAAUCCCCCAAAAUAUGCCGUAUGCAAGUAUGACUUUGUAGCCAGGAACCUAAACGAGCUCUCCGUGAUGAAAGAUGACACUGUGGAGAUCAUCGAUAGUAAGAAGCAAUGGUGGAAGGUCCGUAAUUCCAGUGGUUCUUCUGGUUUUGUGCCAAACAACAUCCUGGGAAUGAUGAAGGCUGAAGAGUCAUCUAUGGCCCGUUCAGACCCACUCUACAGCCAAACGAUCCAGCUUUUGAUGCCAAAGAAGGAGUUUGAAAUCUUCAAGCAAUUGCUGGGGGAGCUGUCAGAGAAACAGAAGUCGGAGAAUAUCCCAAAAGAAGGAGACUCAGUCUUAAUAGCUCCCACCCCACCUCCUCACCCUCUCCCCUCCCCUCUUUCUAUACCGAUAUCCAAGUCCUGUCCAUCUGGAAGUCUGAUCAGUCGCCAGAGCAGCACAUCCAGCGAUAGUGGGGGCAGCAGUGUGCGAGACCACCAGAGGGACAGACCCAUUGAUCGCAGGAAGUCUCAGAUGGAGGAGGUUCAGGAUGAAUUGGUGCAGAGACUCACCAUUGGACGCAGUGCAGCCCAGAAGAAAUUCACUGUACCACGCCAAAACACAGCGCCGGUCAAUAUUUCCUACAGUUCAUCCACAGAAGAUGUGAAAGCAUGGCUUCAAGCAAAGGGAUUCACUUCUGUGACAAUCACUAGUCUUGGUGUGCUAACUGGCGCUCAGCUUUUUUCCCUCACCAAGGAUGAAUUAAAGACGGUCUGCCCAGAGGGACCAAGAGUUUACAACCAAGUGACACUUCAGAAAGCUACUCUAGAGGAACUCAGUGGAAACGCUGAGCUGCGGGAAAUCAUGAAAAAACGCCAAGAAAAGAUCAAUGCUGCUGCAAGCGAUUCUGGUGUAGAGUCAUUUGAUGAAGGAAACAAUCACUGAAGAUUUUCUAGAAGAAUUAAUACUAUCUGGAAACUCUGCAGUCUUGUAAUUCAUUUUGCCAAUUUGACAUUCUCAGAGGUUUUGAUUGUACAAAUUUUCUCUCUAGUCUUUGUGUGUAUUGUAAGACUGCGCUUUAUGGUCAUGUUGCCGUUCACUGUUGUAACAGCAGAGGGCAGAGUCAAUUCCUUCAAUCAUGCCUGGAGCAUGUGAAUAGGAUCCUGUAUAGUUUUGAUCAGGGCAGAGCUUGUCACUCCAGGUAAUAACAGUAAAAGUGUUGCUUUGUCCGCUUUCAGUUUCACUAACAGCCAUUGGAAAAGAUUUCAACAUUCCCUGUAUAUUUGUCUGUAUGUAAAAAAACAUUGGCCUACCGUGAAUAUAGAAAGUUAUUGCAGAAACAAUAAAAAUGUUUAAAUUAUUUUUUUCUGAAA